AUGCCGAUGACGGAUACUAUGCAGUGUCCUCGGCACCUGUCUACAACACCGAGGCUCCGGUUUACACCACCCAGGCUCCCUGCGUAUACGACUGAGGCCCCUGCCUACACUACCCAGGGCCCUGUGUAUACCACUGAGGCUCCGGCUUAUACCACUGAGGCCCCUGCCUACACCACCGAGGUUCCCGCGUAUACGACGACUACUCCUGUCUACGAGACGACCCCUGUCUAUGAGACCACCUCUGCCGUCUAUGAAACGACUUCGGCUGUCUAUGGGACCACAACGCCUGUCUACGAGACUACUUCGGCCACCUCGUCUGCUGUCUAUGAGACCUUCGUACUGCCUGUAUAUGAGACUUCGACUCCUGUCUACGAGACCUCACCUCGUCGGCCUGUAUACGAGACUUCGACCCUGGUCUAUGAGACCUCGUCGGCCGUUUACGAGACGUCGACUGAGUGCGAAACCUCGGAUGUCUACGAGACCUCCUCGGACCCUAUCUACGAGACUUCGACCCCUACUUCGACCGAGUGCGAGACCUCGGAUGUCUAUGAGACUUCGACUGAGUGCGAGACCUCAGAUGUCUAUGAGACUUGCGAGGAGUCUACCACCGAGGAGACUUGUGAGACUGAGACCCCCAUCUACACCACCAAGGGUCCCAUUUAUACCACCCAGGGUCCCGUCUACACGACUCAGGGUCCUGUCUACACGACUCAGGGUCCUGUCUACACGACUCAGGGUCCUGUCUACACGACUCAGGGUCCUGUCUACACGACUCAGGGUCCUGUCUACACGACUCAGGGUCCUGUCUACACGACUCAGGGUCCUGUCUACACGACUCAGGGUCCUGUCUACACGACUCAGGGUCCCGUCUAUACGACCGCAACUCCGGCCCCUCCUGUCUAUACGACUGCGACUCCGGCUCCUCCUGUCUAUACGACCGCGACUCCGGCUCCUCCUGUCUACACAACUCAGGCGUGUGUUCCCUCGACUGUGGAGGUGACGAAGGUCAUCACGGUUACUGAGGUUGUCGUUGUUCCCACCUACACCAAUGAUUCCGACAUCUACACCACCGAGUGCGAAGAAUCCGACUGCGAGACUUCGGAUGUUUACGAGACCUCGUCUGCGGUUUACGAGACCUCGUCUGCGGUUUACGAGACCUCGUCUGCGGUUUACGAGACCUCGUCUGCGACCUCGACCCCUGUCUACGGGACUACCUCAGCUGUCUACGAGACUUCAACCCCUGUCUAUGAGACCUCCUCGGCCGUCUAUGAGACCUCAACUUCUGUCUACGGAACCUCCUCGGCUGUCUACGGGACGACUACCCCUACAACUACCCCUGUCUACGGAACCACCACGCCUGCCUACACCUCUGUGCCCUCUGCAUACAGCUCGGUUGGCUCAAGCGUCUGCGUAGAUGUCGACCUCAACAUUGGUGGUGGCUAUGGAGGCGGCUAUGGCACUGUCACCACUGUCACUCAGACGAAAUGGAAAACAACCACUGUAACCUCUGAUGUAACCCAUGUUGCAACCCAGGUGGUACCAACUACCAUCACCGAAGUUGUCACCAAAACCGAUAUCCAGCCUACCACCAUCACCGAAACGGAGACUAAGACAAGCACGGUGACGCAGGAGGUCACAGAUGUCAUUACUGAGACGCGGACCGUUGAAAACACCGUCCAUGAUACCACGACUGCCGUCCAGACAGUGGACCACACCAAUACCGUGUCUGAAACCGUCACAAAGACAGAAACCGUCGUCAACACAGACACUGUCCACGAUACCGAGACCGUGACGAAGACUGCGACCGAGACGGUUGAAAACACCAACUACGUCACCCAUAUUGAGACCGUUGACCAUACCGCCACCGUGGUUGAUACUGUAACGGAGACCGCGACCAAAACCGAGACCGCGACCGUUACCGACACAUCGGUCAGCGUAUCCACUGGCACUGUCACCGAGACCGUUGUCGAGACAUCCUACGAGACCGUGAACCACACAGAUGUCAAUACUGUCACCGAUGUGCAGACCUACAACUGCGACCGAGACAGUCACCGAUACCACGGUCGGAAACAGUCACCUGUCACCAUCUCUGAUGUCCUCACCGACCUUGUCACCGAAACUGUCACGGCCACAGUCACCGAUACGGUUACCGACACGCAGCUCGAGACCAUCACCGACGUGCGCACCGACACUACUGUUGUGCAGACCAGCGUGCAGACCGUCGUAGAGACCGACAUUGAGACCGUCACUGAGCACCAAACCCUCACCCAAGUCGAGACUGACGUUGACACGGUAAUAGAGACAGCCACAGCUACGCAGACCGAUGUGCAGACUGAGACGCAGAUUGUGACCCACAACGGCACUGUCACCAUCUACGUCACCAGGACUGAGACUGUGGUUGAUGAUGGCGAGUACUACACCGAGUUUUGCGACUGCUCUGACAACGGAUCCCCUAGCAAGGGCAAGAAGCGGCAAGCGAAAGCCCCGGCUCCAGAAGUCGACCCGAUCGAUCUCGUCGACCUACGGGUUAGCAUAAUCACCAAUGUUGAACCACACCCGGAUGCCAACAGCCUGUACAUAUUGCAGGUCGACGUCGGAGAGACAGACGAGGGCAGCACUCCGACAACCCGCACUAUUGUGAGUGGGCUGGUGAAGUUCUACAAGGCCGAGGAGCUGCUGCACAAGCGAGUCGUCGUUUUCGCCAAUAUCAAGCCGUCAAAGCUGCGCGGAAUAAAGUCAGAAGGGAUGCUACUGGCUGCAAGCAGCAUUGAUGCUGACGAGGUCGUGGUCGAGUUGCUUGAGGUGCCGCAGAACGUGGUGCCUGGAGAGAGCGUGGUUGCUGCGCCAGUUGUCAGCGAUGCAGGAUCAGAGGAGGUCACCAAGUCAAGGCUCCAUAAAACCACGCUGAAGAACAAGAAUAUCAUCGGCAAGUUUAUCAGCGGCCUGCUGUUGACGUCUGGGACGGCAAGGUACAAUGGCCGGCCUUUGCAGACAAGCCAGGGCAUUGCUGCCAAGCCAAAGACUAUGCUCAGCGGCAAAAUCUCGUAG